AUGGCCGACGAGCGCGACGUGUACCGCGCCGCCGCCGAUGAUCGAGACGCUCCUCUCCGCGACGAAGACCCCGGCCGCGCGAAACCGCCCAAGUCCCCGCCGCCCCAACCCUACCACACCGCCACCGCUCUAUCGUCCCUCGAAAGCCGCCUCGAGGAAUCCGAAGCCCGUCGUAUCGACUCCGAGGCACGUGUUCAGCAAUUGGAGAAGUUGGUGGAGGGUUUAUUGAAAAGCUCACCUGAACCAGCUGCGGCGCGGGCCGGAGUCUCUGAACCAGCUGUGGCGAGGGCUGGAUUCUCUGAACCAGCCGCAGCGCGGGCUGGGGAGUUUACGUUUCCGCCGGUGAGAUCGGUCCCCUUGGACGUUCCCCCACACACCAUUCUGGAACAUUCAGGCAAUACCGCUGACCCCCUUGUUCGUUCCCCUGGGGGGGAAUCUCACAGCGCACGAAGGGACGGCCCUUCUUCGGCAGUAAUCAGCUCUCGUUGGAGAGGGACGUUACCUGACCGGGAAGGGCUAUGGACAGGGGAUAACCCGGAUCGGUUGGUCACUUUCACUACAUUUGGGAAGUCGUACUUGUCUCUACUUUGCGACAUUUCCACCAGCGACCUUUUUACCACCGACCGCGUCAUCCAGCUUGUGGCGACCUUGUUCGUUCGUUCCACUUCUCCCAAGCGCCGUCAGUCUCCGCACGACUGGGCCGUUGAUACUAUGACGGACGCGCUCCGGGACGAACGACCUCACUGCUGGACGACACUGAUGACAGAAGUUGGACGUCGUUGGCCGGAUCCUGGCUUUGCCGACCGAGUGUCCCACGAUUUCUACGGGUGCCGACAGUCUUCGUCUCGAGCCUACGACCAUGUGGGCGAAUGGCGUGCCCGCUACCGAGCGUUUAUGCACAACGACCCCAGCUUCAGCCUCUCGUCCCUUCAACUCGCCACAACCUUUUAUCAAUCGUUGAGUGAUGUGGCUAAGCGGGAAGUGCGGGCUGGUAUGCUGCGGGAAUAUCGGGAUAACUCACUCGUGACUAUAGGGAGGUUCGGACGAACUGUCCCGUCCCUCGAGGAGGUUACCGACUGGGCCGCCAUCGCCGACGACACCGGCACGGCAUCAGUUUCGACCCCGCCGAUUCGUACUGCGACGUAUGGAGCAAUUGCGAAAACGCCACGCACCGCCCCAUCCACGCCAAACGACGACGCACGUACCCAGAUCCGUCGAGCUCGAUGGAUGAACCGCGCCGGUAAAUGGCAACAGGCCCACCUGUGGAAGGAUCGGAACACGUGGUUUUCGCCAGCAUCGGGUGGGGUACCCGCCAGCAUGGCGUGUUUUAAUUGCGGUCAAGGUGGCCAUUUCUCACAGCAUUGUACAGCGGAGCGACAAUCCCCCUCGACCGUCCAAAUAUCAGCAAUUGCCUUCGCCGACAUGGACGAGGACGAAUGGUCGUCGGCCUCAGGUGACGUUGAGGACCCCCAGGUGCGAUUCCCCCUUCCCCUCGAGACUGAUUUGACUCGACCGUCGAGUUCCGCAUCCGCCUUAGUGACGCACCACUCUUGCCCUCCUGCAGACCUUGUUGGCCGAGUGAAAGACGUUGCCUCUUCUUCUUUUGAAGUUCAGACCUCAUCAAGUAGUUCGCAUCCAACCGUGCCGGCAAAUGAUGCAGAUCAACAUCGUUUCGACGAUAGCCUGGCUGACAUCGCGAUUGACGCGGUGGAAGAUGUCUUGUACUACGCUGAUGCCGCGUCGCGCUUGUGUCAUUAUCCGGGGCCGGAAGUGGUGUCGUCUCGCAAGGCGGAAAGGACUGCUUCGGUGAGCUCUUUCCAGAUUCUUGUGCCGUCGGGUGUGUCUCUCUUGGCGUCCGCUGCGCCCCUGAUCGACAUCGACGAACCCGACCGACCUGUCGAGCCCGCCAUUGUACGCGCCCGCAACGUCAUCGCUUGGACGCUACCUUCUGGAAGGGUUUUGCGAUGUUUGAUCGACUCUGGAUCAGAGGUCGACUUGGUGGAUCAGGAGGUGGUGCGAGUCGACCCGAGCUUCGCAACGGCCCGUUUGACUGCACCAUUGCACUUGCGCCUCGGCACCCAGGAUAAGUCCGACCGAUGUGCUGUGUUCGCCACCGCUCCUUUUUCGUCUGGCGCCCUAGAUCUCGGUUUGCGACCAUUCUUCGUUUGCCGUGUAACGGCGUACGACGCCAUCUUGGGGCUGCCAUUUCUUAAGGACACAGGCAUGCUCGUUGGUUGGGGCGUCUUCACCGUCGCGCGCACCGGCCCUUCGCAACCCGUCGCCCAGGAUACGCACGAAUGGGACCGAGCCGUCACCGUAGCACCUAUCUUAUCCAGUUCUGCCAUUGGCUGCAAUCACCCUGGGUUGCUUCCCGACGACGAGAUCAUCGGCCUCGAGCCACACAACCCGCUGCUCGAUGUCGUCGACGAUCCGGCGCUCGACGAUUUCUCUGAGUCCGAAGCACGAACACGAUUGGCUGCCUUACUCGAGAAAUUUUCUGAUGUGUUCGUAGAUUCGCUACCGAUGGACCAACUCCCACCGUACCGGCCAGUCAACCACGAGAUCCCGUUGAUCGAUCCCACCGAAAAGGUCAAACCCCGGGUAUACCCCCUUGCCGACAAAUAUCGCAGCCAGUGGGCGGAACACUCAGCUAAGUACACUCGUGGUCGAUUCUGGGUUUCGGGUCCGAUCGAUUCUGCGGCUCCGGUCUUUGCCAUUCCGAAGAAGAACUCCCAGACGGCUCGUUUCGUGAUCGACCUCCGCGCGCGCAACAGCAACACCGUCAAGCGUUUUUCGCCCAUCCCGGACAUGACCAAUGUUCCAUACGAGGUGGCUCGAUCGCGUUAUCGCUCUAAAUUCGACGUGGCCGCGGCAUUUGAGCAGGUUCGGGUCAUACCGGAGCACGUCGAUCGCACCGGCUUCGCAACGGUGACGGGCACGUACACGUCGCGGGUCAUGCAGUUUGGUGACACCAAUGCGCCCAAUACCCUCAACCUCUUGACCUCGGCGAUGUUCCAGCCGUGUCUCCCGUUCGCCAAGAUCUUUUUCGACGAUGUCCACGUCCAUUCCGAUACCCGUCGUGCGCACUUGAGACACAUCAAGAUCCUGCUGAUGACAUUGAGACAUUACCGGUUCUACUUAGGAUCCAAGAAGUCCGAGUGGUUCUCAAAGUCGUUGGACUCCUUGGGCACCAUCAUUUCUGACGUCGGCAUCGAAGUCGACCCCGCCAAGUGGGUGCGUAUCCGUCAGUGGCCGAUCCCUUGCAACAAGACCGAUGUCCAGCGCUUCCUCGGCACCGUCAACUGGAUGCGAGAUCACCUACCGCACCUCUCAAAGAUUUUGGAGCCGAUCACCGCGUUAAUGGCGCAAGCGACGUCAUGGCGUUGGAACGAGCGAGAACAGCAGGCUUUCGAUACCGUCAAGUCCCUUGUGCCCGCCAUCCUACGACCGAUCGAUGGCGCCAAGGUUACCUCGGGCGAGCACAAGAUGUACCUCUUCACGGAUGCCAGUCGGGUUGGCAUUGGCGCUUGUUUGGCGUCCGGGCCCAACCGUUCGCAGGCCGUUCCAACGCGAUUCUUUUCCGCUAAGUUCAACGGUGCUCAGCUCAACUAUCAUGUCACUGAUAAAGAGUUCUUGGCUGUCGUCUCGGCGUGUCGGGCGUUCGAGCAGCACUUGAUCGGUUACCCCUUCGUCAUCGUCACCGACCAUCAGGCCCUUCGCACGAUAAAAACCCAAAAACUGCGCCAAACGCCUCGGCACAUCCGCAUGUGUCUCGAACUCAGCCGUUUCGACUUCGAAUUUGAAUUCAUUGCUGGCAAGAACAACACCCUGGCCGAUUCGUUGUCGCGUCUGUGGGAGGUCAAGCAGGGUUCACACGAGGAUCAGGUCAAGGAGAAUGAGUUGGAGGACAUGUUCUUUGAUGGAGAACGCCACGAAUUCACUACACCCGGUGAGAGCCUCCUCGAGGAACGUCCUUACACCUCACCUUCGCACGAUCGGUUGCCCCCUGUUGAUUGCGCCUUCGGGCCCUGGGGUCACGGUUACGACGCAGGCUCUCCCGGUUCCCCUCAUCUGGCCGAGAACAUUAUGGACGCCGUCGAUUGGUCUAUCGGCCGCCUCUCUCCUCCCAUCGCUGUCAAUCGAGUUCACGCUAUUGCUACGGCCCCUGCCAACGACCCGCCCAUUCCGGUCCAUGCCGACGCCGACGAACUCGAUUUGUUGGGAGUUGCCACCGAUGAUGUCAACGACACCCCUGUAGUCCAUCGGCCGCCUGAUCCACUGCCCCAACCCUUCCUCGACACCGUCAUCCGAGCAUACGCCAACGAUUCGCAAGCCCAGGUCAUCAUUACCGACCCGCUAUCAUGGCCUAUGUUUCGGGUGACCGAGGAAGGGAGGAUUUUGCGUGUACAUCCAGAUGAGUCUAUUUCCUUGUUUGUGCCUCGUGGUCUCGCUACUGGCGUCGUCAACUCCGACAAGGUCCCAUCGCUGCGCGAGCUCGUGCUUUCGGAGAUUCAUCGGAGUGUCGGGCAUGCAGGACAUCGCAUCACCUUGGCCGCCAUCCGUCCUUUGUACUGGUGGUCGUCCAUGUCUGCCGAUUGCGCCGAGUUCUGCCGUUCAUGUGAAGACUGUACCCGAGGCAAGGCGUCCACUCAAGUCCCCUAUGGCCGACUGCAUCCGAUGCCGAUCCCUUCUGGUCCUUGGGAACAAGUGGCCAUCGACUUCAUGACAGGACUGCCUCCGGUCGAGCUCGAAGGGAUGAUGGUUGCUCAAAUCAUGGUGGUCACUGACACUUGGGGCAAGAUGGUCCACCUGAUUCCCCUCCCAGCCGAUGCCGACUCGGAGCUCGUUGCCGAGAAGUACUACGCCACCGUCUUCCGACUGCAUGGGAUGCCUUCCGCCAUCGUUUCCGACCGUGAUCCCAAGUUCACCUCGCAGUUUUGGCGGGCAUUGCAGGCAAAGAUUGGCACCGUCUUGCGAAUGUCAACCGCGGCACACCCGGAGACGGACGGAUCGAGCGAGAAUCGGAUCAAGAUGGUCACCCAAACCCUGCGGAUCAUGGUCUCGUCAAACCACGAGGCUUGGGCAUCUCGUCUUGUUGAAGCUGAGUUCGCUCUUAACUCUUCUGUUGCUGUGUCCACGUCGCUGUCGGCUUUUGAGGCAACCUACGGCUACCUCCCUCGAUGCUGGCCCUCGGAUUCCUGGUCUGUCUCGGACGUCCCUCGUGCGGAAGCGUUUGCUCGGAUCCGACAAUUACGGAACCUCGACGUGACGGAUGCGAUCAUUGGAGCACGCCUCAACCAGUCCCAUCAGGCCAACAAGCAUCGACGCCCAGACGACCCCGCCUUUCGGACCGGCAGUUACGUCUAUCUUUCGACAAAGAACCUGGCAGUUCCUGACGGCAUGAAGUCGAAGUUGUUGCCGCGCUACAUCGGCCCCUUCCGUAUCCGAGCGGCCAUCCCUGCGACGUCCAGCUACGACCUCGAGCUCCCUCCAGCGAUGUCGCGAGUGCACAAUCGUUUCCAUGCUCGACUGCUUCGGCCUUGCGUUGAGAAUGAUGCUGAAAGGUUUCCUGGGCGUGACCCCGCAGUUCUUUUUGUCGAAGACGUAGCCGACGCAGCCGACAAUUCUGCGAUUCCGGAACGGAUUGUUCGUGAUCGGCGGAACGCUCGGGGCGCUCGUUCGUUCUUGGUUCGAUGGGUAGGCCGUAACGACACCGACGAUACUUGGAUGUCAGAGCAGUCCAUUCACCUUGACCAUCCGUCCGUCCUCGACGCCUACCUCGCGCGCCUCGAUCGCUCGAACCGCCGCCUCGCCGCACGGUAG